ACCAUCCCCCACGUCACAGACACGCGUCAUCUUGGUCCUCGACAUUCAGUCUUGCACAUCACUACCUAGUGGCGAUCUCGACGCGUUUAUCACCACACACAUAGUGUGACGUCCUAAGCCAACGAAACCAUACAUCACCGCUCAUUGCGGCAAACGAAAUCAAUCAUGUCGAUAAUGGAGAGCGUCCAGCUUGCGCAGAUGCUCGCUGACCUGAGCGAUCUCAAUGCGAUACAGGAAUCGCAGGCCGCCAGCGCUCUCGUUAAUGCCAACAAAACACCCACGACCACAACAUCAGCGCCUGCCGACUCGAACAGGCCAUCAGAACAGCUGCAUCCUAAGCGACCGGACCUUCUACACCACCGGCGCACCGGUUCUGCUGGCUCAGCCGCGUCGACAGGCUCAUCCUUCAUGUCGCGGACGGGAUCCCCGGCCAAGUUUGACAAGCUCGGACGGCGCAUCAUCACGCCGCCCAACACACGUUCCAACUCGACGUACAACUCCAUUCCGGGGACGCCGCGACGAGAGCCUGAUUAUGAGGAUGAUGUCGAUCGCGCGGGUACUCUCAUGGCACUGUACGACAUCCGGGCCAGGUUGAGGGAUCAAGACAACGCCCGGACUCUAAACAAAUUGAGGGAAAAGAUUGAUGCCCUGCAUGCAAAACAGGUGCACGCUGAAAAGAAGGAUGCAGUCACUGGCUCGAGAUACAGUUAUCCAAAGAGCUCUUGAGGAGUCUCGAGACCCGGCAGGCAAGGAAGCUGGAAGUAUGACUGCUGCUUGUCGUAUUCUCGUUUACCGACGAUGAUUCUUAGGAUGGGUUAUGGCUGGUAAUGUGUUUAUGGGAUUACAAGGCUGUGUAUGACACGAUUCAGGUUAUCAUACCCGGAGUAUCACGGCG